UCUGGCCUAGCCGCCUUAGGGUGGUUUCUGCCGCUCCGGCUUCGUUGUUGGCAGGCAAGGAAGGGUCCAGGUGGCACCCCUCCACUACCUGGGGGCGACUCCCUUGAGACGGAGGGGUUUAGGUGUGUGGCGGGGACAUGUCCCUCUCCUGCUUCUUUAACCCUCAUCAUGGCUGUUUAUUACACGCCGAUGGCCACGGGGAAGUGUGGGCAGACUGGAACAGCACGUCCAAGUUCUUCCAGUAUGGCUGGAGGUGCACGACCAAUGAAGACUCCUUCUCCAACAAAACUCUCCUGGGGAACUGGAAUCAGGAACGCUAUGACAUUCGGAGAGUGCUGCAGCCCAAACCUCUCCCUUCCCAGUUCAGCCACUACUUCGAGUCCACCUACUCAUCGGAUUACUCCAAGGAAAUGCCUCACAGUACAAGAAGAGUUACACGAGAACCUCACUGGUUUCCUGGGCACCAGCCAGAACUGGAGCCUCCUCCAGUCAAGCCAACUGCUCGGUCAUGCUACAUGAUAGACUAUGAUCCUCCCCGCGGCAAGGGACCCGUCCUGGUUGUUGAAGCGAAACCCAAAGAGCCGGAAGAGCCUCAACCAAAGCAGUAAGGUUUGACAGAAGCCUCGAGACACCCAGCUCGAAAGGCCCUUCUAAUGUGACCUGGUUGUUCUCCCCACCAUUAAAUGCUAAGCUGCCAUGCGGCAUCAUAAACUGUGGCUGUAAUGAAAAAGGAAGAUUCUCAUUAGCGACCGUGGCCCAGGAUCUCUCCUGCUUUUUUGUUAUUGUUUUCUGUGAAAAGCUGUCUUACAUUUUAGCUUACUGGUCAUUAAAUUUUGUUUA